UUAGGCAGAAGUGGUCACCGCCGUGUUCACUGGCCCUAUAUAACGAUUCCAAAACCACACACUGCGAGAGUGAGCGCAAGCACAGCAGGAGAGCGAGUGCAGUGUUGCUACAAUCUUCUAGACCACAACAAUGGAGCCCAACCCUUUGAAAUUCUUCAUCUACACACCCGUUUGAACUGCAUAUUUGGCUAUUUUGCCCCCAUUAGAAAUCAAAGUUUUCUAGAUAGUGAUUCAGAGCAGUAAGGGCAUCAACCGGGCUUAUUUGUGUUUUCCGGAAACUGAUUGUUAUGGCUGACGGUGGUAGUAGUGACAGUAGCAACCAAGGUUCCUCAUCAGUGUCAAACCAAGAAAAAGCGCCUAGGAAUAAAAGAAAAUACUUACCAGAAUUUUCCCUCGAUGUCCCAAAUGAUGUCUCUGCAUCCCUCACAGAAUUCCCUAGAUAUGAAUUAUCAGCAGAGAAAUUUCAAAACACACAGAGUGAUCCUGGGUCAUUGGAGGCUAAGUCCAGAGUAGAAGAGUUACAUCACGAUGAUUGGGAUGAUCCUAUCGCAUACCAGCUUGAGGAACUUUUGUCGCUUAAUUUGUCUGCAACUUUCCAGAGUGCAAUUAAGAAGAUCGCUAACAAUGGGUACAGUGAAGAGGUUUCUGAGUGGGCCAUUUUAAGGAGUGGCCUUUACUAUGGUAGUAAGGACCCCGUGUCAAAUAUCGUUGAUGGUGCUUUGGUUUUCCUGAAGAGAGAGAACGAAUAUGAUAUUUCUAGCCAUCGUAUAUUUGAGGAUUUAGAGAAUUUAGUGGAGUACACAAUGUUGGAGAUGAUAUGUGUGCUUAGGGAGGUUAAGCCUUCUUUAACUAUCGCAGAAGCAAUGUGGUUCUUGUUGAUUUGUGACUUGAACCUUUCAUAUGCAUGUUCAGUAGAAGGAGAUUCUUUAAGUGUGUUUGGUGGUAAAGAAAUUCCCAGAGAAAGCUCCUCUGAUUCUACACUUUCCCAGAUGCAAAAAUCAGAUGCUCUAUCCGAUUCUACACCAGCGCAGCUGAAAUCAGAAGCUCUAAUUUCUGAAACCGUUCUUUCAACCCCUAUCAAUACUUAUAUCUCAAAACCUUCAAUGUCCAAUGCUCAAAAAUUGUGGUCCGAAAUGCACAGAGUUGGAGGGAUUCUUAAUUUACCUGACCCUAUGUGCCCCUUUGUUCAUGAAGUUACAACUCCAGUGAAUGAAACUCGGGUUUCUGUCUCUGAUGCUGGAGGAAAAUCCUUGGGUAUUACUGAGGAAUAUGUCCAGAGUAUGUGCCAGUUAUCUGCCGUUGAUGAAAAAUCGGGAAGUAGUAGAAAGGGGUGCAUGGUUAAUUCAAAGCGAGACAUGCUUCGGCUGAAGUCAUUUCAUGUAGAGAAACAUUGCAAAGGUCAUGUGUCUAAGGGAACACUCAGAGCAAAGUUCUCUACCUGGAGUGGUCUGGUCUUGGACAAGAAAGUGAAGUCUCCAUCUGAUUCAUCGGGUGUAAAUAUCAAGACUACUUCCUCAAAGACAAGUAUUGCAGUUGGAGUGAACAUGCUUGUAGCAAAAAAAACCCAUCAUCAUUCGAACAACACUCCAUCUGCUUUAGCUCCAAUGGAUAACCCUGCACUGUUGCCUUCAAAUGAUAUUGUUUCUGCAUUACCUGCUGCAAAUGCCAAACUUCAUUCUACAUUACAUUCCGAAAAAAACGCAACUCUGAAACCACAAGUUAGCGUCCCUGCUUCUCCUAAGAUUUUUGAUUGUUAUGCUGGAAUUCCAUACGAUAAGUGUCUGGGAAAGUAUGUUCCGCAAAAUGAGAAGGAUGAAUUGAUUCUGAUGCUAGUUCCUCGGCUGCAAAUACUGCAGAAAGAGCUCGAUGGUUGGACAGAUUGGGCCAAUCAGAAGGUUAUGCAGGCUGCUCGGAGGCUCGGCAAGGACCUGGCAGAGUUGAAGGCAUUGAGGCAAGAGAAAGAAGAAGCAGGAAAAUUUGAAAAAGAGAAGCACAUCCUAGAAGAGAACACGGUCAAGAGGCUGUCUGAGAUGGUGUGUGCAUUGGAUAAUGCUACUAGCCAAGUGGAGAUUGCUAACACGACCGUCUGUAGGCUUGAGGAGAAAAAUUCUGUCCUGAAGAAGGAAAUGGAAGCUGCGGGACUGCAAGCCAUAGGAUCAGCUGCAAAUUUGCAGGAAGCAUUGUUGAGGGAGCAAGAUGCAUUGAAGAGAGUUCAAUCGUGGGAUGCAGAGAAGAGUUUGUUGCAAGAGGAGGUUUCAACUGACAAACACCAGGUGGCAGUGCUUCAGCACGUGCUAGAAAAGGCUAAAGGUCUCUACAACCAAAUUGAGGGUCGACAUAAACAGGAAGAAAAGGUAAAGGAAAAACUUCUAAUUGAAGCCAGCUCUAUAAGAAAGAAAAGAGAGCAUCUUGAGUCUCUAGCAAAAGCAGAGGAGGAUGUGAUCAGACAAAAGGCAGAAAAUGAGUUGCAGAAAUACAAGGAAGACAUUAAAAAGCUUGAAUGCAAGAUAUCAGAAUUGAUUUUAGAGUCUGAAGCUUCAAAAAUAGCGGCACUUAGAGGAGGCAUAGAUGGAAUUCAUGGUAGCUACUCGACAGAGUGCAAGGAUUUCCAGGCUCGUAAAGUGACUAAGAAGUUGGCAGUUUUUUGGGACAAUUUUGGAGGUAGAAGUGCAAGAGCGGAGCGGGAAUGUGUGAUGUGCCUGACAGAGGAGAUAUCGGUGGUUUUCCUCCCCUGUGCACAUCAAGCUCUUUGUGUAAAUUGCAAUGAGCUCCAUGAGAAACAAGGGAUGAAUGAUUGUCCUUCUUGCAGGACCCCGAUCAAGAGGCGGAUCAAGGUGCGUUUUGCUAGUCCCUGAUGUCUGUAAAUUAUACAAAAGAGGGGUCUUUUACAUCAAGAGGCAGAUUAAUGUGUGCUUUGUUAGUUCCAUUUUGGCACAAAACUUCUCUGGAGUCUUGGUCUUUCUCUUAAUGAAGCUUAUAAAUCUAGCCUAUAUUACCUGUUGAUACUUCUUAGACGCUUCCCUUCAGGCUUUGUGCAUUUUAAUAUAGUUUGUCUUUUUGGAGUAUGAUUACCCAGCAAAACAAGCAGGCAGAAAAGGGGAAAAAAUGAUCUGUCGUUUUAUGAAGCCAAAUUCUAUUUAAAUUUUGUUUGAAACAAGAUUGAAUGUGAUUAGUACUACAAUGGAAAGUAGAAGAUAUAAUUUUAUUUGCGGUA